AUGGCAUCGCAAAGGGUCACAACCGCGCUGGCCGCGAUCGAAUCAACACCCCACCAAUCCACAAAGCUCCAAGAAUACAACACCCUACUCGAUGAUAUCGUAACCAGCUCAUCUGGUGACGAGCUCGCGCAAGACUUGGUCUACUACCUCGAUUCAAUUCUCAGCGAAGCCAUAAGCAUAGUUGCUGCCCGCCCCCUCCUCGAUUCCUUUAUUACUGUCCUCCACAAGUUCGAUCCCGAAAUCAAAAUCAAAGUCGGGCAGCACGCUGUCACGCUCCUCCAAUCCCGCGCCACAUCCGUUGAAGAGCAGGACUCACAAAUUCGCGAAAUUUUAGCCAAAGCUUAUGAGUCGCAAGAGGAAUACACAUCCGCAGCACGAGCACUGCAAGGAAUCACUAUCGAUAGCUCGCAGCGUUUGGUCUCCGAUGAAGACAAGGCAAAGCUCUGGAUCAGGAUCGUGCGCUACUACCUCGAAGAUGAAGAUACAACCAGUGCAGAAACAUUCUUGAACCGUAUCAAGAAUUUGCCCAGCAAGAUCCAGGACCAUGAUGCCAAGCUGUAUUUCCAACUUUCACAGGCCCGUAUUCUUGAUGCGCGUCGUCGCUUUUUGGAUGCCUCGCAGGAAUACUUUAAUGUCAGCUUAGUUGAGGGUGUGGAUGAGGAAGACCGACUCACAGCGCUAUCGGCUGCUAUCCGGUGUGCAGUUUUAGCACCAGCGGGUCCACAACGCUGGACUACGCUUUCUCGGCUGUACAAGGAUGAUCGAGCUUCUUCCGUGGAGGAGUUUUCGAUUUUGGAGAAAAUGUUCCUCGAUCGUCUCCUCACCCCGGAGGAGGUUGUUGCUUUUGCGAAAAAACUGGCGCCUCAUCAACUUGCUGUCACUGCGGAUGGGACCACCGUUCUUGAUAAGGCGGUUAUCGAACAUAAUCUUGUUGCGGCAAGUAAGCUCUAUGAAAAUAUCACGGCUGAUGCUCUGGCGUCUAUCUUGGGGCUUCAAGGCUCUGGUGAAUUCUCGGCCGGUGAGAAGGCAGAGAUGUAUGCUGCCCGCAUGGUUGAGCAAGGGCGUCUACGUGGUCGCAUUGAUCAGAUAGAUGGUAUUAUUUCGUUUGAAACGGGGGACAGUCAUGAUCCUGCUUUUCGCAAGAGUAUUCGCCAAUGGGAUGCCGGGGUGGAAAAGCUUGCCGCAGAUGUGGAAAAGGUUGCAAGUCGUAUUUCUGAACAAUUCCCGGAGUUUGCUGCCGGUCAAAUGGCACACUGA